AGCGUGGAGUAGCAGCAGGUGGGACUGCAGCCUGCCCUCUGUGUCCCUGGGGAGCCCCACGCCCCCCGUCCAGCUGGUGAGGAGGGAUGACCACCGUGCCCAGGGCCACAUCACCCUGGGGUUAGAGUCAGGCAGGACGGCAAGGGGCUCUGGACCUACAGCCUCAGCGUCUCCUCUGUGAAAUGUGGAGAAUUCACAUGUCUGCCUCACCGUUGUCAGGCAGACACAAUUAGCCAAUCCUGAAACCCCCAGACCUUGUCUGCUCCCAUCUCAAGAUGGAUAACAAGAAGCGUCUGGCCUACGCCAUCAUCCGGUUCCUGCAUGACCAGCUCCGGCACGGGGAGCUCUCCUCUGACGCCCAGGAGAGCUUGGAAGUUGCCAUCCAAUGCCUGGAGACCGCUUUCGGGGUGACGGUGGAGGAUAGCGACCUCGCGCUCCCCCAGACUCUUCCCGAAAUAUUUGAAGCAGCUGCGGCGGGCAGGGAGAUACCACCUGAUCUGAGGAGCCCCCAGCGAACCCCACCUUCGGAGGAGGACUCGGCCGAGGCAGAACGCCUCAAAACCGAAGGGAACGAACAGAUGAAAGUAGAAAACUUUGAGGCUGCCGUGCACUUCUAUGGGAAAGCCAUCGAGCUGAACCCCGCCAACGCCGUCUACUUCUGUAACAGAGCUGCGGCCCACAGCAAACUGGGGAACUACGCGGGGGCGGUUCAGGACUGCGAGCGGGCCAUCUGCAUAGACCCGUCCUACAGCAAGGCCUACGGCAGGAUGGGCCUGGCUCUGUCCAGCCUGAACAAGCACACGGAGGCCGUGGCCUACUACAGGAAGGCCUUGGAGCUGGACCCCGACAACGAGACCUACAAGUCCAACCUCAAGGUGGCGGAGCUGAGGCUGAGAGAGGCACCCAGUCCCACGGGAGGUGUUGGCAGUUUUGACAUCGCGGGCCUGCUGAACAACCCAAGCUUCAUGAGCAUGGCAUCCAACCUCAUGAACAAUCCCCAAGUUCAACAGCUCAUGUCCGGCAUGAUUUCGGGCGGCCACAACCCCUUGGGGACUCCCGGCACCAACCCCUCGCAGAACGACCUGGCCAGCCUCAUCCAGGCGGGCCAGCAGUUCGCUCAGCAGAUGCAGCAGCAGAACCCAGAGUUGAUAGAACAGCUGCGCAGUCAGAUCCGGAGUCGGACCCCCAGUGCCAGCAGCGACGACCCGCGGGAAUGACUGCCCGCCCCCCAGCGCCAUCAGGUCCUUCCUGGCUGACCAGAAGCCUUCUCUCACUUUUCCGUCUCUCUUCCCAUUGGACCGCCCAUGAGAGGAAAAGGAAUUGGACCUGCAUGUUAAGACGGAUUUUUAUUAUUUUUAUUUUUUUGCCUCAGCCCUUCCCUCCCUUUUUGUACUCUCUCACGGCCCCCAGACCCUUCUCGAAACAGAGCCAGCAAGCUGUGAGCACAGACCAGCACCAGUCUCACUCCCAGCCCCCCCCAAAACCCAGUCUCUAAAGUAUUUUCUAGAAUAAUUUGGGGGGGGUCCUUUCGCCGCUCUCAAGAAGCGCCCACGGGGAAGCCGUGGCACGAAGCCCCUUCCGCAGCCCCGCCCCCUCGGCCUGUCUUCAGGGGCCUCGCAGCCCACGAGAAGCUGCUCUCUGCGUCGACCUUGACCACCCGAGCCACCCCUGCUCGGACGGGCUCCCUGCCAGCCAGCCCGGCCCUCGGACCCGGGUUCUCGCAUGAGCAACUCCCGCUGCAGGUUCCCAGGAGCCGGUUCUGUUGCCCUGGGCCUGGGGGCGGUCCGGAGCGGACGUCCUGGGUGUGCAGGACCCAUUUCUGGGACUUUUCUUCCAGUCGAGCAUCUGGAUGGACGUGGGUCUGAUCCCAGUGCUCUCUUCCCAGUACUCAAGACCGACAGACCGUGAGGGGCCCUCUCACCACCUUCAGCCUGGCCCCCGAGCCCAUCCCGGCCUGGCCAUGUGUCCCAGCCACUGCCCUUCUGCCCUCAGGUGGUCCCGCUGGCUCAGCGCCUCCUCCCGUUGGGAGGGGGGGCUGCAGGGGGUCCUGGUGCCACCCGCCUUGGCCUGAGAUUGCCAGGCAGCCACCGUGGAUGCCCGGCGGCCCCAGGCGAGGCGGGACGGCGUGGGGAGGAGGGGUCGGCUGGCACCAGCGCUCCGGCAGCAGUGUUGGCAGCUGGAUCGUCGGAGGCUCCCUGGUGUUGUCGGGCCACGUGCGAGGUGACCCAGCACCGUGUGUGUAGGUAACUAGUAGGGAGACGGCCGCCAGCCACCCGCCGUCUGGCACACGUCCGUCGAGAUGUGUCCUAACUCUUGCGUGCUAGCCAUGGUGACAAGCAUAACGUAACGUGUGGGGAAUAAAUAGACAUCAUGACCUCUGCCUGUCUCUGUGUUGACCUCUCAGC